CGCAAAUAUCAAUAUCAUGUGUUUGAUUUGAAGCCAGCCACCAUGAAUUUGGGAUCAUCUAAAAUCCAACGGCCCCAAGUUAAAUGUUAAGCCCACAUGCCAUCCAACGGAUCAAAUUGGCCCACCGCCAUUGACUAUAAGUUCGCAAACCCUAAACCUCUAUACCUCCUCUUUCGGCUCUGCGGUUUCUCUGCGCGUAACUGCCAAUAUUUUGAGAGCAACAUCAGAGCAAAACAAACCGCCGCCCCCUCCGCCACACCGGAGACUGAAUACGCAUAGAGUGGUAGUUUACGCUAACUUAUAUAGUUGACAUGCCUUCCAUUGUGUUAGCAGAAUCUCAAUUAUCUGACGAGAACAAGAGAGUGAAGAAAGCAGCUGAAUUUGCGGAGAUGGAGGUGGACGCCAAGUCCGCUGAGAAAAAGAUCAAAAAGGAGAAAAAGUCUGCCAAAAAGACGAAAAUAGCCUCCGAGCCUGAUCCAGACGAUUCUAAUUCCAAUAGUGUCCCCAAAAAGGGGAAAGAAAAGAAGCGAAAGGCUUUGGAGAUUGGCCGCGGCGAAGACGAUGGUGGUGAGGAGAAGAGCGACAUUAGCUCCAACUCCAAGAUGGACGAGCCGAUGAAUGAUUCGGGAAAGAAGAAAAAGAAGAUGAAGCUUGAGGAAAAUGGAGUGGAGGAAAAAGAGGAGAAUCCGAAUGCUGUUUCGAAUUUUCGUAUCUCAAAGCCGCUGAGGGAUGCUCUGAAGGCGAAGGGAAUUGAAUCUCUGUUUCCGAUUCAAGCAAUGACCUUUGAUAUGAUACUCGAUGGUUCUGAUUUGGUUGGAAGAGCUCGGACUGGUCAGGGUAAAACGCUGGCUUUUGUGUUACCUAUAUUGGAAUCGUUGACAAAUGGGCCAGCGAAAGCAUCCCGUAAGACUGGAUAUGGAAGGGCGCCUAGUGUUCUUGUACUUUUACCCACUAGGGAAUUGGCCACUCAGGUGUUUGCCGACUUUGAAGUGUAUGGUGGAGCUUUGGGGUUGAAUUCAUGUUGCCUGUAUGGGGGUGCUCCGUUUAAUCCACAACGCGAUCAAUUGAAAAGAGGUGUUGACCUGAUAAUUGGCACACCUGGCCGCAUUAAGGAUCACAUUGAGAGGGGGAAUAUCGACUUUAGAGAAUUGAAGUUUCGUGUUCUUGAUGAGGCCGAUGAAAUGUUGAGGAUGGGCAAGGUAGAGGAUGCCAGCAAGGUCCAGACACUUCUUUUCAGUGCCACUUUGCCCCCAUGGGUUAAGCAAAUAUCCGCUAAAUUUUUAAAACCAGACAAGAAGACUGCUGAUCUUGUUGGUAAUGAGAAAAUGAAGGCCAGCACCAGCGUAAGGCACCUUGUUCUUCCUUGCUCUGCUACGGCCAGAUCUCAGCUUAUUCCUGAUAUCAUUCGCUGCUAUAGUAGUGGCGGUCGAACUAUUAUUUUCACCGAGACCAAGGAUUCUGCUUCAACACUUGCUGGAUUACUUCCUGGAGCCCGUGCUUUGCAUGGUGACAUCCAGCAGGCUACUCGUGAGGUUACACUAGCUGGCUUUAGAUCUGGAAAAUUUUCGACUCUUGUAGCCACAAAUGUAGCAGCACGAGGGUUGGAUAUUGAUGAUGUGCAGCUAAUUAUUCAGGUGUGUGUGGACCUACAGGCCGAUAUUUGGGAUUUUCUUACAUCACAUUUUGUGAACCGCCUCGUGAUGUUGAGGCGUACAUCCAUCGGUCUGGGAGAACUGGGAGAGCCGAUUGAUUUUUCUGUGCUUUUAUCAGGCAAAAGUGGUGUUGCUGUGAUGCUUUAUGAUCCCCGGAAGUCCAAUUUCUCUAGGAUAGAAAGGGAAUCAGGUGUCAAGUUUGAACAUAUAUCAGCUCCACAGCCAGCUGAUAUUGCAAAAACUGCUGGUGCUGAAGCUGCAGAUAAAAUUAACGAGAUAUCAGAUAGGUAUUAUUCUGAUUUUUGUGGUGUGAUUCCUGUAUUCAUGACUGCUGCUGAAGAGCUUCUAAACUCGUCUGAUCUAACCCCAACCGAGUUACUUGCUAAGGCGCUGGCCAAGGCUGCUGGCUAUACUGAGAUUAAGACUCGUUCUCUGCUCACUUCUAUGGAGAAUUGUGUGACUGUACAACUCGAGUGUGGAAGGCCCAUUUUUAAUCAAUCCUUUGUUUAUGGAAUUCUGCGGAGGUUUUUACCGGAAGAUAAAGUUGAGUCAAUCAAGGGUCUUUCCCUGACUGCUGAUGGCAAGGGUGCUGUGUUUGAUGUGGCUGCCAAUGAUCUAGAUGCUUUCCUCGAAGGCCAACAAAAUGCUGCUGGUGUAAGCCUGGAAGUGAUGAAGACUUUGCCGCCUUUGCAAGAAAGAGAGCAAUCGAGAGGAAGAUUUGGUGGUGGCAAUGGCGGCCGUGGCCGCGGUGGUGGCUCUUCCGACAGGCGGUUUUCCGGUGGCCGCGGUGGUAUCUUUUCCAGAGGAAGGGGACGUGGCAAUAGCAAUAAUAACCGUAGAUGGUGAAAUACAAUACCUUGUGGUACUUUGGCAAGAAACUUUCAUCUGGCUGGAGAGUGAAAUCGUUAUUUCAUCCCAAGGGGCAAAGAAAUUUUGGUAUUGACGAAAAGUGUGUUUUAUUGUUUGUUUGACACAGCAGUUCAAUGAGAAAUAUAGUUCUCAUGCAUACUAUGUUUUGUUUGGAUUUAAUGAUGUUAUAUUUUAUUGGCUUUACGGAUGAUUUCGCAUUGUUUUGUUUCAUUUUUCCUUUGUUAUUUUCCUCCCCACUCGGAUUUUAUUUACUUCAAUGUUGUCGGAACAGUCGGGGAAAGGUUUUUUGUAUCCUCUUUGGUAUUUGAAAUGAAGAAUUGAUGGUUAGGAAGUAUUGGUUAUAUAGA